AUGAAGUGGCCGCUAGUUUUAGUUGUAGUCGCCUAUUGUUAUAUUCAAGCAAAUCAAACUGAUGAUAACGAUACGGUCGACCAUGUUCUUGCAAUUGGUCUUGGAGAUGCGGUAAGUUAUUUUAUAUAUGAUUUGUAAAGAAAGUUAUUGCAAUUUUAUGUUAUGUAAAGAAAGUUCUUGUUACUUUUACUUUUGUAAAAAAAUUUCUUGCCAUUUCAUGAACUUUAAAGAAAGUUUUUGCCGUUUUAUGUUUUGUAAAGAAAGUUCUUGCUAAUUUAUCGUUUGUAAGUAAAGUUCUUGCCAUUUCAGAACCAAAAAUUAUCUUUUACAGAACACUACCCUUCCCCCAAUAACCGACCCACCUAUAACUGAUCCGCCAGUAACAGUACCUCCAAAGCCAAAGCCCACGGCACCACCAAAUGAAACAAAACCAGGCAAAGAAGAAGUCUUUGUAGAGCAGGGUUUGCUGUGAGUUUUAAAUAAUUUUUGGUUUGGGGGUGGUGAUUUUGAUUUGGGGGUGGUGAUUUUAUCUUGGGGAUGGUGAUUUUGAUUUGAAGGUGAAUAAUUUGAAAAAUAGGUCAAGAAAAGGCGUGUCAAAAAAACUUUUUAAUUAAAAAAAAAUUUUUAAAUUUUAAAAAAAAUUCCAUUUACAGCCAAUUCUACACCCGCUACACCCAUACCUACACGUCCAUCUCGAUGGAAGACGAAUAUAUUCGUAUCAGGUACAAGAUGCAUAUAUUGGGCAAGCUAGUCAUAACAAUCGGAUCCUGCAAAGCCAUAUUGGCAAUUAGACCAAAUGAUAAUGGAGCAGCUGCGACAACUUUUAAUCAGAAGAUCUAUAAUUUUUAUAUCACCAAAGCAUCGGCCAGGUUCAAAUCGGACUUUGCAGAGCUUUUUCUGGAUGACAAGUAGGUUCACAUUGGUUUUGAAGUGGCUUUAGGCUUGAAAAGGGAAAGAACUUUGUUUACAGUUUAUGAAAGCGCAAGAACUUUCUUUACAGAUUAUAAAAUGGCAAGAACUUUCUUUACAAAACGUAAAAUGGCAAUAACUUUCUUUACAAAACAUAAAAUGGCAAGAACUUUCUUUACAAAACGUAAAAUGGCAAUAACUUUCUUUACAAAUCAAAAAAUGGCAAGAACUUUCUUUACAAGUUUUAAAAUUAUAAAAAAUUCAAACUGAAUUUUUCAGUGUCGAAAAAUACGGCAAUGUUUUGAGCGGCGCCGCAAAGUGCCCAGAAGUCAUCAGAGGCAAUACUGUAAUGUUAGACAUUGAGACCAGUGUUCCAGUACACAUUUCGAUUCACCAAAGACUAAGAAGCAAGACUCUGGAUGCCAGAGGCAGCGCCGAAAUCUACAUGUAUUGGCUGUUCAUCGGCAUUUUGUGAGUUAACCUUGAGAAUAUUUGCUUUUCGUUUUAAAAUGAUUUUUUGAGCACUUGAGCACCUAUUAUAACAUGUAAUGUUAGAAAAUAUCAGAAAAUUAUUGUAUUUUCAGACUCCUGAUCGACCUCUUUAUCCUAGCUGUAUUCAUGUACAAUUUGAUCAAAAUAUGCAUCAUCUCAGGCCCAGGAGUAUAUCAUCGAAUGAAGAACUCACCACUUUCGGAUGAAGACGAUUAUACCCAUGUAUCAAGAAAAGAUCAAGCCUUGGCGGCCGCUCAGAAGAAAUCACAAGAAACGGACUCAACUCAAAGCGGAGAAACCACUUGUGUAUCAAAUAGUAAAUCUAGAAGCCAGAGAUUCAGAAGACGAACUAUUGAAGGGUCCAAAAAAGGUAGUAAAGAAUCAAAAGAUAGCGUCAAGAAGUCAGGGAGAUCGGAUAAAAAACAAAGUGGUACGUUGAAACAGACUGCUAGAAGCGAUGCGACUCAAAACGAUGGUACUUGUGUUACUCAAGCUCCCAGUGAGAAUAGCAAGGAUAAGUAA